GUCACCGCGGGCCAUCUUAUAAAGAGGGGCGUCGGCGCCGGCGGAGCGCAGUCGGUGUCUGAGGGGUUUGUGAGGAGGGGAGGAUCCGCGCGUGGCGGACUGAGGAGAAGCGAGGUGUGGUGGGGGAGAGCGAGCGAGAGAGCCCUUCGAACCGACCCGAGGAUGGAUCCCACGGGUGUAAAAGUGCUGGAAACAGCCGAGGACAUCCAGGAGAGGCGGCAGCAGGUUUUGGAUCGGUACCACCGGUUUAAGGAGCUCUCCACGUUGAGGCGCCAGAAGCUUGAAGAUUCCUACCGGUUCCAGUUCUUCCAGCGGGACGCAGACGAGCUGGAGAAAUGGAUCCAGGAGAAGCUGCAGAUCGCCUCUGAUGAAAGCUACAAAGACCCUUCGAAUCUGCAGGGAAAACUGCAAAAGCACCAAGCCUUUGAGGCUGAAGUGCAGGCCAAUUCUGGAGCCAUCGUUAAGCUGGACGAGACGGGGAACCAGAUGAUCAAUGAGGGGCAUUUUGCCGUGGAAGUCAUCCGGAGUCGACUGCAGGAGCUUCACCGGAUGUGGGAACUGCUUCUGGAGAAGAUGCGAGAGAAAGGGGCCAGGCUGUUCCAUGCCCAGAAGCUGGUGCAGUACUUACGAGAAUGCGGGGAUGUGUUGGAUUGGAUCAAUGACAAGGAGGCCAUUGUAACCUCGGAGGAGCUGGGCCAGGACCUUGAGCAUGUGGAGGUGUUGCAGAAGAAGUUUGAAGAGUUCCAGACGGACCUGGCAGCCCACGAGGAGAGGGUGAACGAAGUGAACCAGUUUGCCAGCAAGUUGAUCCAGGAACAGCACCCGGAAGAGGAGCUGAUUACGUCUAAGCAGGAUGAAGUCAACACAAGUUGGCAGCGGCUGAAAGGACUGGCUCUUCAGAGGCAGGGGAAGCUGUUCGGAGCCGCCGAGGUGCAACGAUUUAACAGAGAUGUGGAUGAAACGAUAAGCUGGAUUAAGGAGAAAGAGCAGCUGAUGGCUUCGGAUGAUUUCGGACGAGACCUUGCGAGCGUGCAGGCUUUGUUGCGUAAACAUGAGGGCUUGGAGAGAGAUCUGGCCGCUUUGGAAGACAAGGUGAAGGCUCUGGGUGCAGAGGCUGACCGGCUGCAGGAGUCUCACCCUCUCAGCGCUUCUCAGAUCCACGUGAAGCGAGAGGAGCUGAUUGCAAACUGGGAGCAGAUUCGCACCCGGGCUGCUGAGAGGCACGCACGCCUGAACGACUCGUACAGACUGCAGCGAUUCCUGGCCGAUUUUCGAGAUUUAACGAGCUGGGUGACGGAGAUGAAAGCUCUAAUUAAUGCUGACGAGCUUGCCAACGAUGUAGCGGGAGCGGAGGCCCUGCUGGAUAGACACCAGGAACAUAAGGGAGAAAUUGAUGCUCACGAAGAUAGCUUUAAAUCUGCGGACGACUCCGGCCAGACCUUGCUAGCUGCCGGACAUUAUGCAUCUGAUGAAGUGAAGGAGAAGCUGACCAUCCUCUCCGAGGAAAGAACGGCUCUGCUGGAACUCUGGGAGCUUCGCCGGCAGCAGUACGAGCAAUGCAUGGACCUCCAGCUUUUCUACCGGGACACCGAGCAGGUGGACAAUUGGAUGAGCAAACAAGAGGCCUUCUUGCUCAAUGAAGACCUUGGGGACUCUCUGGACAGCGUGGAGGCCCUGCUGAAGAAGCAUGAAGAUUUUGAGAAGUCACUUAGUGCCCAAGAAGAGAAAAUCACCGCUCUGGAUGAAUUUGCAACCAAACUGAUUCAGAAUAACCAUUACGCCAAGGAAGACGUGGCUACCCGCAGAGACGCUCUGCUGAGCCGUCGCAACACCUUGCACGAACGGGCCAUGCUGCGUCGAACGCAGCUGGCCGACUCCUUCCAUCUGCAGCAGUUUUUCAGAGACUCGGACGAGCUGAAAAGCUGGGUCAAUGAAAAGAUGAAAACCGCAACGGAUGAGGCUUACAAGGACCCAUCCAACCUACAAGGGAAGGUCCAGAAGCACCAGGCGUUCGAAGCCGAGCUCUCGGCCAAUCAGAGCCGCAUCGAUGCCCUCGAGAAAGCCGGCCAGAACCUGAUGGACGUCAAGCAUUACGCCUCGGACGAAGUGGCCAUUCGCAUGAACGAAGUCAUCAGCUUGUGGAAGAAGCUGCUGGAAGCUACUGAGCUGAAAGGGAUCAAGCUGUGCGAAGCCAAUCAGCAGCAGCAAUUCAACCGCAAUGUGGAAGACAUUGAGCUGUGGCUGUACGAAGUGGAAGGCCACCUGGCUUCUGACGACUACGGCAAAGACCUCACCAAUGUUCAGAAUCUACAGAAGAAACACGCCCUGCUGGAGGCAGAUGUAGCUGCCCACCAGGACCGCAUCGAUGGCAUCACCAUCCAGGCACGCCAGUUUCAAGAGGCCGGGCACUUUGACGCGGACAACAUCAAGAAGAAGCAGGAAGCUCUGGUGGCCCGCUACGAAGCCCUGAAGGAGCCGAUGGUGGCCCGCAAGCAGAAACUGGCGGACUCCCUCCGCCUCCAGCAGCUCUUCCGCGAUGUCGAAGACGAAGAAACAUGGAUCAGAGAGAAGGAGCCGAUCGCAGCGUCGACCAACCGAGGCAAAGACCUCAUUGGGGUCCAGAACCUGCUAAAAAAGCACCAAGCUUUGCAAGCGGAAAUUGCUGGCCAUGAGCCCCGCAUUAAAGCCGUCACCCAGAAAGGAAAUUCCAUGAUCGACGAAGGGCAUUUCGCCGCGGAAGACGUGAAAGCCAAGCUGAACGACCUCAACCAGAAGUGGGAAACCUUGAAAGGGAAGGCCUCUCAGCGCCGGCAAGAUUUGGAAGACUCUCUGCAGGCGCAGCAGUACUUCGCCGACGCCAACGAGGCUGAGUCUUGGAUGAGGGAGAAGGAGCCCAUUGUGGGCAGCACGGACUACGGAAAGGACGAGGACUCCGCUGAGGCUCUUCUCAAGAAACACGAAGCUCUGAUGUCCGAUCUCUCCGCCUACGGCAGUAGCAUUCAAGCACUGAAGGAGCAGGCCCAGGCCUGUCGGCAACAAGUGGCUCCUACCGAUGACGAAACGGGCAAAGAGCUGGUCUUGGCCCUCUACGACUACCAGGAGAAGAGUCCCCGCGAGGUCACGAUGAAGAAGGGGGACAUUCUGACUCUCUUGAACAGCACCAACAAGGAUUGGUGGAAAGUGGAAGUGAACGACCGCCAGGGUUUUGUUCCCGCCGCUUACGUGAAGAAGCUGGACCCGGCCCAGUCCACCUCCCGCGAGAACCUCUUAGACGAACAGGGCAGCAUCGCUUUACGCCAAGAGCAGAUCGACCACCAGACUUUCCUUACUAAGGAGAUCGGCAGUGUAUCUCUGCGUAUGAAACAGGUGGAAGAACUGUACCACUCCCUCCUGGAGCUGGGAGAGAAACGCAAAGACAUGCUGGAGAAAAGCUGCAAGAAAUUCAUGCUCUUCCGGGAGACCAAUGAGCUGCAGCAGUGGAUACACGAGAAGGAGGCCACCCUGGCCAACGAGGAAGUGGGGGCCGACCUCGAGCAGGUGGAGGUGCUGCAGAAGAAGUUUGAUGACUUCCAGAAGGAUCUGAAAGCAAAUGAGUCCCGUCUGAAGGACAUCAACAAGGUGGCCAAGGACUUGGAGUCGGAAGGUCUCAUGGCUGAUGAAGUACAAGCAGUGCAACAGCAGGAAGUCUAUGGAAUGAUGCCACGG